GCCGCCGACAUGACGACGGCGCCGACCCCUCGCAGCCCCCUCUCGCCGCUGCUGGAGACCCUGGAGGACCCCGCGGCGUCCUGCGACGAGCGCACCGACGCCUACCUGACGCUCACCAGUCGUAUGACUGGAGAAGAUGGAAAAGAACUCAUUGCAGAAAUUGAGAAAAAACUCCCUCGACUCUACAAGGUUUUAAAGAUUCAUAUUUCCAGUCAGAAUUCAGAGCUCAGUAGUGCUGCUCUUCAGGCCUUGGGAUUUUGUUUCUAUAAUCCAAAAAUUGCUUCAGCAUUAUCAGAGUCAAAUAUUAAGGAACUUCUUUCAAAUCUGAAUGAUGUUGUUAAGAGUUUAGACAAAAAUGUCCGCACUCGGGCUCUCUGGGUGAUAUCUAAGCAGACAUUUCCCCCCGAAGUUGUUGGCCAAGUAGUACCUGAUAUAAUUGAUUCUUUAGAACUGAUACUUAAUAAAGGAGAGGUACAUUCUGCUGUUGUUGAUUAUGAAGCAUUAAAUGUCAUCAUCAGAUUAAUAGAACAAGCUCCAGUUCAAAUGGGAGAAGAAUCUAUCAGAUGGGCGAAACUGGUCAUACCUUUAGUUGUUCAUUCAGCACAAAGGGUACAUCUGCGGGGAGCAACUGCUUUAGAGAUGGGAAUGCCAUUGUUGCUUCAGAAACAACAAGAAAUAGCAUCUAUCACGGAGCAGCUUAUGACUACUAAAUUACUUUCAGAACUCCAAACACUAUUCAUGACUAAAAAUGAGACUUAUGUAUUAAAAUUAUGGCCUUUAUUUGUUAGACUUCUUGGGAAGUCCUUGCAUCGAAGUGGAAGUUUUAUUAAUUCUUUAUUACAGCUGGAAGAGCUGGGAUUUCGAAGUGGAACACCUAUGAUUAAAAAAAUUGCUUUUAUUGCUUGGAAAAGUUUAAUAGAUAAUUUUGCUUUAAAUCCAGAAAUACUAUGUAGUGCAAAAAGACUGAAGCUGUUGAUGCAACCUUUGAGUUCAAUUCAUGUGAGAACAGAAGCUCUAGCACUAACAAAACUAGAAGUCUGGUGGUAUUUAUUGAUAAGACUGGGACCUCAUCUUCCAGCUAACUUUGAACAGGUUUGUGUGCCUCUAAUACAGAGCACAAUAAGCAAUGAUUCUACUUCACCUCAUGGUAAUUCAUCUAGAAUAGCUUCUUCCCCAGCUUUGAAUCCACUAUCUCCUGCACACAAAGGUGCUUCCCCGUUUGGAUCCCCUGGAACUACCCAAAUUAACCUCAGUUCAAGUUUUGGUGGAAUGGCUACAAUUCCAUCCAUUCAACUUUUGGGUCUUGAAAUGUUGCUUCAUUUUUUGUUGGGUCCUGAAGUUUUAAACUUUGCUAAGAAGAACAAACUUGUACUGAGCUUAGAGCCCCUAGAACAUCCUUUAAUCAGCAGCAGCUCUUUUUUUUCUAAACAUGCAAGUACACUUAUCUCUGCUGUUAAUGAUAGCUUUGUUACAGUUGGAAAAGAUGCUUCUGAUGUAAUAAUCAAUGCAAUUUGGAAGGAACUAAUUAAUUUGGUUAAGUCCGUUAUUGAAUCAGGUAACAAGAGAGAGAGACCAGGUUCUGAAGUUUUGACCCUCUUAUUGAAAUCUUUGGAAAGCAUAGUGAAGUCAGAAGUAAUUCCUGUAUCUAAAACAUUGGUCCUCAUGGAAAUUACAAUUAAAGGACUUCCACAGAAAGUAUUAGGUUCACCAGCUUAUCAGGUUGCUAAUAUGGAUAUUCUUAAUGGAACUCCUGCUUUGUUCUUAAUUCAGUUGAUUUUCAACAAUCUUUUGGAAUAUUGUAUGACAGAUGAAAGGUUUUUCCUCAAUUUGGAAACACUUGUAAGCUGUGUCCUUUCUGGUCCAACUUCACCACUGUCUUUUACUGACUCUGUUAUAAGUGUUAUUAGUCAAAAUGCCAAGCAUUUGGAAAAUAAGGAGCAUCUCUGGAGAAUGUGGAGUAUUAUAGUGACCCCCUUAACGGAAUUGAUUAAUCAGACAAAUGAGGUGAAUCAAGGCGAUGCCUUAGAACAUAAUUUUAGUGCCAUCUAUGGUGCACUGACUUUACCAAUAAGCCACAUUUUUCCAGUACCGGAAUUUCCACUGGUCACUAUGAAAACCUUACUUAAAACUUGGUCAGAACUAUAUAGAGCCUUUGCCCGCUGUGCUGCUUUGGUGGUAACAGCAGAAGAAAAUUUGUGUUGUGAAGAACUUUGUUCCAAGAUAAUGUCCAGUUUAGAAGAUAAAGACUUUUCGAACUUGUUAUUCUUGGAUAGGAUUACUCAUAUUAUGAAUGUAAUUGUAGAUUGCAUUGACUUCUCACCAUACAAUAUUAAAUAUCAACCUCAAAUUAAAUCACCACAGAGACCUUCAUCAGAUUGGUCAAAAAAGAAGAAGGAGCCCUUAGGGAAAUUGACCUCUUUAUUUAAACUUAUUGUGAGGAUGAUAUAUUCUUUCAACUCGUUGAGCCUCAAGGAAGUACAUUCUGAUACUCUGCUCACUAUUGGCAAUUCAAUCAUCAGCAUUCUUUCCAGUGUACUUGGACAUAUUUCUUUGCCUUCUAUGAUCCGAAAAGUAUUUGCAACCUUAGCAAAACCUCUGGUGUUAUUCUAUGACAACUCAAAGCUUGAUGAAGUUCCUAAAGUGUAUAGUUCAAUGAACAAUAAGUUAGAGAAGCUACUAGGAGAAAUUAUUACUUGUCUGCAUGUCAGCUAUACUGGAACUUAUGAUAGUGAACUUCUUGAACAAAUCUCCCCAUUAUUAUGCAUAAUAUUUUCGCACAAGAAUAAACAGAUACGAAAACAGAGUGCCCAGUUUUGGAAUGCCACGUUUGCUAAAGAGACAUUGAUUUAUCCUGAAGAAUUAAAACCAAUAUUGAGACAAGUCAAACAGAAAAUUCUUCUUCUAUUGCCUGGUUUGGAAAAUAUUGAAGUUACGGAGGAAUCCAUUGAGCCAUAUUCAGAUGCAACAGAAAAUUCACAAUUGAAUACGAAGAUAAGUGGCAUGGAAAGAAAAUCAAGUGGAAAAAGAGAUUCCUUUUUAGAAACUACCAAGGAAACAAAAGAAAAUGUGAAACCAUCACCCAAAUUGAAGCUAGAAUCUGCAUCUCCUAAAACAAAGAAUGAAAAGCCCUUGGAAGAAGAAAAGUCUACAGACUUUGUAUUUAUACCUCCUGAAGGAAAAGAACCCAAAGAAAGAAUAUUAACUGAGCACCAGAAAGAAGUACUCAAAACAAAGCGGUGUGAUAUUCCUACCAUGUAUAACAAUUUGGAUGCUUCACAAGACACUUUAUUUUCUCAGUAUUCUCAGGAAGAGUCUAUGGAAAAAGCUACUGUAACCGAAAAGCCAAAGAAAGGUUCCGAGACAUUUAAGGAGGAUCAUAUGGAGACUGACAUUCGUCAAGGUGUCAUGGAAAACUGUGGUAUGGAUGAACAUCUUGAAAAGGCUUCCCUUUCAAAUAAUGGUUCUGUUGAGGAAAGCAGACCAGAAAUAUUGAGCAAUAGUAAUGGUGCCAGAAAAAAACAUUUAAAAUCGUCAAAGAGAAUAUCUACUGCAGAAAACUCUUUCAGUGUCAACGGUAGCUCAGUAUCUAGUGCUACUGUUUCUGGAACUCCCCCACAGCCUACAAGUCGAAGGCAGAGCUUUAUUACUUUGGAAAAGUUUGAUUGUUCAGAAAAUAGACCUUUUAGUCCAUCGCCCUUGAAUAAUAUAUCGACUGUUACAGUGAAAAGUAAUCAAGAAAGUAUGACUAAAACAGAUAAUCCACCAAAGGUAAAGAGAAGAGAAAUGACUCUUUCAAAAUCUGAUUCUGACAAAGUAGUGCAAGGGAUUAAGCGUUCAGGUAGAAGAUCGAGUAAAACUGAACAAACUGGGACUAAAAGGUCUAAGUCCUCAAAAUCUGAAGAGAAAACCACCCAGGAGUCUGUUGAUAACUCAGUAGUCUCAGAAAAUAAUUCACCUACUUUGCUUAACCAAACAGAAUGUGUACUAACUAGUCAGGCUCAGUUCUCUGAAUCUGCAAUGGAACAUGAGGACACCAUGAUUAAACCAACAGAAAGUUCUUUAUUAGGAAAUAAUGCAGAAGAGACAACCUUAGGAAUGAAUUUGGAGUGUAAAGAAAAUACACCUCCAGCUGUAACACCAGCAGAUCAAAUAGUGAAUGAAGAAAAUCAUAGUCAAAUAACCCCAAAUCAAAAAACUCUUAGACGAUCUUUAAGGCGACGGUCUGAAACUAUAGAAACAGCUAUUGAUAACCAAGAUAAAGAAAAUCAUCAGAAGAAGGAAAGACAUAAGGAAGAAGAAAAGACUCUUCAGAAAAGUUCUUUACCUGUAAAAGAUGAUAUAAUAUCCAAUCAAAAACUGAUUUCUGAGCAAACUGUACAGGAAAAUUUAAUUGAGAAAGGUGAUCAGUUACAUGAGAAGACUGGUGGUGAGACCACUGCUAAUAGUGAAAUUGAUGAAAACGGGGAAAAGCCAAAUACUGAAACUCUUAAAUCAGAGGGAGAUGGUUCCCAGGAUAACACAGAUAAGACUUUUGAGAAACCAGUAAGGGGAAGAACAAGGUAUCAAACAAGAAGAGCAUCGCAGGGCUUGCUGUCUAGUAUCGAAAACUCAGAAUCUGAUAGUUCUGAGGCAAAAGAAGAAGGUUCUAGAAAGAGAAGAACUGGAAAGUGGAAAAACAAAAGUAGUGAAAAUAUUGAUGUGGAAGAUCAAGAGAAAGCGAUGAAACAGGAAAGCAUAAAAGUUGGAAAUUCAGAAGAUUAUAAACUAAAUUCUGAAGUAGGUGGAGACAUAAAAUCUCAAAUUUGUGAAGAUAAAGAAGAUAAUACUAAAGAUUCUACAGUAUCUGUAGACUUACAUCAAGUUACUGAUGAUUUAUCAGAUACACAUGAAGUGAAAGAGAAAACUAGCAGAUGUGCAGAACAUUCCUUUUCAAAUCCUGUACCAGAACCAAAUCUAAGGACAAGAAAUGCCAGUAAGAGAUUAAAUAAGCGGGAAUCUAUUGAAAGUAACAGUGCAGAAGAAUCUUCCAAAAUAGUAACAUCAGACAUUUCUUUGCAUUCUGAUAAAAUGCUCCAAGCACUUGAAUGUCAACACAAGAGAAGCAGGAGGGUAAGGAAAUCUAAAGGGUGUGAUUGCUGUGGAGAAAAAUUACAAUCUCAAGAAAAGUCACUUGUAUUAAAAAAUACAGAAAAUUAUGAUGUAAAAAGCAAUGAAACAAGAAAUACAGAUAUACAAACAUCUGAAUCUGAAAUGGAUAUUUCACAGGAGUCUGAUAGCAUAAAUUUUCAUGUAGGGUUCAGAGAGAAUGAUACUGCUAAUGAUUUAUUAAUUACAUCAGAAAAUGAGUUGAAAGAAAAUGCUGUUCCCCUGGAAAUAGUAACAUAUAAAGAAAAACCAUGUAAUUCAGAGUCUAAGGAAUCAAUAUUUCUUGAAAGCCAAGAGCCAGCCAAUAAUAAAUGUAAAAUUAUUGACCCAUUGAAUCCCAAAGACAUUUCAGUGGAAGGUUCUGCUUUGGAACCUAAAGAAGAAACAACAGAACAUAUCUCAAAGAAGGAACUGAGUACAGAGAACAGUGUUAAUAUUGAAGCCAAUUUAUGGAAAGAAAAAUCAGAAUUCAGUUCAGAAAUAGAAGAUAAGGAAUUGGAUGUAGAAAGUGAUAAAUCUGAAUCUGGCUUCUCUGAACAAAAGAACAGUGAUAUUUCUGAAAUGGUAACUGAGGAAAACGGUGAGAAAAGCAAUGAAUCUGAAGUAGUUGCAGCUGAAGAACAGAAUGCUGAAGAAGCAGCAAUUGAGGACUUUAAUUCAGGUAUCAAUCAUUCUCAUAAUGCCAAACCAGUUAAAUCAAGUGCUCAGACAGAGGUUUCUGAAGAAACAUUUGGGGAAAGUAAAUGUGAUCAAAGCUUACCGGAAGAAACCAGUGCUGAAAUGGAAAAUUGCGAAGAAGCAGUGAUUGGUGAGGCUAGUCCCGAAACUGAAACCAGCCUUGUAAGUGAAAAAGAUGAAGACCAGAUUGCCAAAGCACCUAAGCCUGUAGAAACAGAAAAACAAAGUCUGGAUGUAGAAAUGGCCAAUUCAUUGCCUAUGAUAGCAGAGGCUGUCUCUGAGGAAGGAAAACUUGACUUCACCAAAACCGACACUAAUACUGAACUUCAAUCUGAAGAAGCAAUAGAGGAUAAUCAGAUGACAAUGGAAAAUGAUGACAUUUUACAGCAAGUUUGUACUAUUGAGAAAGUGGAGGAAUCAACACUGUCUUCAUCUGAAACAGCUAAUUCUGAACUGAUAACAGAAGAUAAUUCAUCUCCUCAAAAAUCUGGGGAACUUGAUUCUUCACUUGUGUCAGUUUGUGAGAGUCCUAGUGGCAUGCAGACACGAUGUGUCUGGUCUCCUUUGGCUUCUCCAUCCACCAGCAUUUUAAAGAGAGGACUAAAGAGACCCCAAGAAGAUGAGAGCUCCUCACCUGUUAAUAAGGUUCGACGUGUCUCCUUUGCAGAUCCAAUAUACCAAGCAGGAUUGGCAGACGAUAUUGAUAGACGGUGUUUUACUACUACUACUAAGACCUAUGGUUUAAAUAGUUCUCCGGUCACAAAAAGUGUUAAAACUUCGCCUACUGCACAAUAUAAGAAUAAUAUCACUUCAAUCAAAGGAUUUCUGUCCCCAGGAUCACGUAGCCCUAAAUUUAAGAGCUCAAAGAAGUGUUUAAUUACAGAAAUGGUCAAAGAAUCCAUGCCAGGCCCGACAGAAAGUAUUUACCCAGCUUUGGUCAACUGUGUUGCACCAAUUGAUAAAAUUUUACCUCAAAUUACAUCAAACAUGUGGGCAAGAGGAAUAGGACAACUCAUUCGAGCCAAGAAUAUAAAAACAAUUGGCGAUUUGAGUACUCUUACAGCAUCUGAAAUAAAAACUCUUCCUAUCCGUCCUCCAAAAGUGUCCAAUGUAAAAAAGGCUCUCAGAGUAUAUCAUGAACAACAGAUGAAAUCUCGUGGAUUAGAAGAGAUUCCAGUUUUUGACAUUUCUGAGAGAACAAUACAUGGAAUAGAAACUAAAUCACUGUCCUUUGAAGAAGAAAGACUUGCUUCAGAUUUAAUUGAUCCUGUUGCUUUAGAAACUACGUUACCUAAAAACCUCCUUGCACAGAUAAGUGCACUUGCUCUUCAACUGGAUUCAGAAGAUCUUCAUAAUUAUUCAGGAAACCAGCUAUUUGAAAUGCACGAGAAACUUGGUAUCAUGGCAAACUCUAUCAUAAAAAAUCUUCAGUCACGUUGGAGGUCACCAGCUCAUGAAAAUUCUAUUUAGAAUUUUAAAGGAAAACUGAAGCCUUUGACUCUUUAGAUCACUGGAUUUGUUGAUUUUAAAAUAAGUUCUGCAAUAUAGCACAGUUUCAGAAACUGAAUCUUGCAAGGCUGGUAACAUUUUAAACCUCACGUGACAAAUCCAUUAUCUAAGUUCAGUUUUGUAUGUUCAUUAUGUAAAGUCAUUUAUUUCUGUAUACAAUAUUUUCUUGGCUGCUAUACAUAGUUUCUCCAAAAUGUAAUGUUUUUGAAAAGUAAAGUGAAAAAAAUUCCAGGAACCAAAUUAUAUUUAAUUUCACCCCUUAAACUCAUGCAUCUUUCUAUUGCCAUUUUUUGGUAAAAUACCUUAUAUGGGGGGAGGGUGCACACCUGUUGAUGCUCAGGAUUUAUUCUUGGUUUUGCACUCAGAAAUGAAUCCUGGUGGUGCUCAGGGGACCGUGUGAAAUGCCAGGGACCAAACCCGGGUUCACUGCAUGCAAGGCAAGCGCCAAACCCUUGUUACUAUAUUUCCAGCCUCUUAAAAUACCUUAUUUAAGUAAGUAAAGUUUAAUCUUUUGAUUAAAUUUUUUGCUAAAGAGAGAUAAAGAUAUUUAUACUUGCUUUAUAUUUGUUGUGCCUGAAGUUUUAAGAUUUGUUCUUAAAACACUUCAAAGGAGACAUGGAAGAGUUUGAAUUUUUGCAGACAUCAAAUUUGGAUACCAGUAGGUUCAACUUUGGGGCUUAAAAAGGGAAAACAGAAUUUCUAAGAUUUCAUUUAUUUGCAAAUAUUUGCAGCAGUAUUUGCCUGUGAAUUAUACUCAAGUGAGAGACAUAGUAUUUGUUUUUAAAUGCAUGCUGUUUGUACAUUGUGUAUAGAUUGUUUUUAAUUUAUAAAUAUCAAUCUUUAUUAAUUGCAUGGACUAUUUGCAGCUUGUGAAUACCUUUGUUUUGUUUAAUAGGACUUUUUUGUAUAUACUGAAUACUGAGAUGUCAGUACAAAAAGUAGAAUUUUGUGGGCUUUGCUGCAGAUAUUUGUAGGAUUCUGUAUCAACAAAUAAAACAAAUAGUUUUGUACUUA